CUGGAGGGGACAUUCACAGUAGUUUUUGUACUUAUCUUUCAUAGAUGCUAUGGCUGAACGGCGUCGAGAUGCCUCUCCAGUAAUGCACCAAUCGACUCGAAUAUCGCAGCUGGUGUCGGAUGAUGCAAAGACGUUGAACAGUUCUACAACUAGACUGAGCGCCGGAUCAAGCUUGUCAUCUACGCAGCGAUAUUCACAUGUGCUGAGAAUUUCGGAGCAUGGGGCAAACAUAUCCUUAACAGUCACAGAACCACUCGAUCUUGCACAUCCCAACUCAUACGCGCUGCACUUGGGGCCACGAUUGUCAGUCCCACCUCCAACAGCGCAGUCUAGGGGCUCCUCCUCAGAUCAAAGAUUGCCCCGUUCAAGAAGUCGACUUCCAUAUCAGAGAUCCACACUCUCGAAUGAGCUCCUCGCAAUCCAAUACGAUGAACCUCAAGAGUGUGCAAUAGACCACGUUGGACGCCUCUGGUCACCAUGGCCGCUACGAUUCAUCACACUGCUGGCAGUUGUUGCUUUUCUUUCCUCCUCUAUUUCAGCAUUGGAGAUUUUGUCGCUACUAUCUCGACGGCCGGACGGAAUACGAAAGUGGACAGAGACCGCUCGUUUCAUAUGGACUUACCCUCCACCAUUACUUUUCAUUAUAUUGGCAUCCGUUUGGAGUCAAGUUGAAUAUCGCACAAAGCAAUUAAUGCCAUGGCGGACCAUGGCUACUGCCCCUGCGUCUGCUUCACAUUCCAUUCUUUUAAAUUACAUUACACCUUUGAACAUAAUUUCGUUCACUCAAUCCUUGAGUUCAGGACACCCCGGUGUCGCGGUAUCGAUUGCCGUUGGUUUCCUCAACAAGCUCACUAUCAUCAUUUCUACUGCAGUCCUCUCCUUACAAGAUGGAAAGCUGAUUAUCCAACCGAUACCUCUUCGAAUUAUGGAAACCCUGAUAGGAUCGUCGCUUCUUCUCGUCGCUUCAAUGACUUUCUUGCGACCUGCUCCAGCUACACCAAAUGAUACUUCCACUAUUGCCGGACUCUCAGCCAUUCUAUCGAAUAGUACUGCGUAUGUCCGUGUCAUGCGUGGUCUCUCUUUAGCAUCACCAGAGAGGCUGGAGGAGGAAGUCUACCAACAUCGCUACCAGACAAGCAUUGGGAAGAAAGGCAGUGAUACCUUUUUUAGACUAUCUCUAGCCUCCAAAGAGGAUGCAGCUUCUGGCUCCUUUUUGAAUAAAGUUCCCCGGGCCAUUGCACCCGAAAAGUGGUGGUCACCAAUUCACGAUCUGACCCGUCUCAGUAUUUUGGCAUUUAUUUUGGGCGCUCUUGUUGCUGUGGAGCUUCUGCACCAGCGAUCGCAAACCAAUACUGGACUGGUGAAUAUGGCAGAUUCGAAUCGAACGCGUUACUUAUGGCAGGUGCUUCCCGGAUUCAUUUCGGUCGUCGUAAUGAUGUUCGUCGGCAUGGUAGAUCAUGCUACUCGACUUAUACAGCCUUUCCAAAUGCUGAAGCGGGGGCAUGUUCCAGCUGCGAGAUCAAUUGAAGUCAACUACCUCGCGCACAUGGCCCCAGUAGCUGUCUUCAAAGCUAUUCAGAAUCGACAUUGGGGAGUAGUUUUUUCGGCGGCAGCAGCACUGAUUGCUCCAAUUCUCACAGUUGCGAGCUCCGCCCUGUUUUUUCCAAUUAACGGUCGUCUUGUGCAGGACAGCAUCUCAACACGAAUUAUCGAGGGACUUCUCGGGGCUAUCUUCUUCCUCAUGGCUGUGUCAUCUGUAAUCGCAGAUACGCGCCGAGUGCUUCCUUACAAUCCUUAUUCUAUCGCAAGAAUGAGUUCUCUCAUAGCGGAAUCGAGCCUUCUGGAAGGCAUAGUUCCUCCUGGCACCGAGUGGGCGUCACCUAAAACAAUUAAAGACACAAACGUCUUCUCCAUGUUCGAUUUCAGUCUCGGAUAUUUUGAAAAACCACGACCUCAACGUAAAUCCGAGCGGAUAUUUGGAAUCGACGUUGGCGACGCACUGGCACCUCCAUGAGUUCACAUUCAGAUCAUUACUACAUCAGAUAAAUGUCC